UUUAAAGCUUCUUCUUCCAUCUUAAGAACAGAUUAAACCACACCAAUUCUUUCCUGCUACUUUCACCUUCGAUCAAUUCUUUAGUUUCCUUGUGCGUGUUUAGUUUGAAGGAUUAACGUACGAGAAAUUAAUUAUGUUGUCAACGAAGGUCACAUGCAACUCUCAUGGACAGGAUUCCUCCUACUUCCUGGGAUGGGAAGAGUACGAGAAGAAUCCUUUUGAUGAGGUUAAGAAUCCCAAUGGCAUCAUCCAGAUGGGUCUCGCCGAGAAUCAACUGUCCUUCGACCUUCUUGAAUCUUGGCUCCAAAAGAACCCAGAUGCAGCUGCCUUCAACAAACCUAAUACCAAUCAAUCUAUCUUCAAAGAACUUGCUCUCUUUCAAGAUUAUCAUGGCCUUCCUGCCUUCAAGAAUGCUCUAGUUCGGUUCAUGUCAGAGAUAAGAGGAAACACUGUUACUUUUGAUCCAAACAACCUAGUACUCACCGCAGGUGCAACUUCAGCCAACGAAACGCUGAUGUUUUGUCUCGCUAAUCCCGGUGACGCCUUCCUUAUUCCGACGCCAUAUUAUCCGGGGUUUGAUAGAGAUCUCAAAUGGAGAACUGGAGCUGAAAUAGUACCAAUCCAGUGUUCAAGCUUGAAUGGUUUCAGAAUUACCAAAUCUGCCCUUGAUGAAGCUUACAAACAAGCAGAAAAACAAAACCUCAAAGUCAAGGGUGUUUUGGUCACAAACCCUUCGAACCCAUUAGGGACGUCCCUCAGCUUGCAUGAGCUCGACCUCCUCGUCAACUUUAUCUCCACUAAGAACAUCCAUCUCAUCAGCGACGAGAUUUACUCAGGAACUGUCUUUAGCUCUCCUAGCUUCAUCAGUAUCAUGGACGUCCUCAAAAACAGAAACCUCAUGAACACGGACGUCUGCAAAAGAGUCCACAUUGUGUACAGCCUCUCCAAGGAUCUUGGACUCCCAGGUUUCCGAAUCGGAGCCAUUUACUCCAACGACGAUCGUGUUGUCUCGGCUGCGACCAAAAUGUCGAGCUUCGGUUUAAUCUCGUCCCAAACUCAAUAUCUACUCUCUGAAAUCCUUUCAGAUAAGACGUUUACUAAAACAUAUCUAUCGGAAAACCGGAGAAGAUUGAAGCAAAGACAUGAAAUGCUCGUAAAAGGGCUUCAAAAAACCGGCAUUAGGUGCCUUCAAGGCAACGCCGGUUUAUUUUGUUGGGUGGAUAUGAGACAUCUUUUGAGCUCUGAUACUUUCGAAGGGGAACUAGAGCUAUGGGAAAAGAUUGUUUAUGAAGUCGGGUUGAACAUCUCGCCCGGUUCUUCAUGUCAUUGUAGUGAACCGGGUUGGUUUAGGGUUUGCUUUGCAAACAUGUCAGAGGAAACCCUAAUUCUUGCCAUGCAACGUGUGAAAUCGUUUGUCGACUCCAUGGCCAAGAAGAACAACCAGAGCCGUCACCAGCAGUUAUUGAACAGAAAUUCAAGAAGAACAAAGUCGCUACCCAAAUGGGUUUUUUCACUAUCGUUUCACCACCGUGAAGUCUCCGGCGCCGAUGAACGUUAGUGUGGAGUGACGAUUAAACCGAUGUUAACUCUGGUUUAAGCUCUUUUUUGUUAUUCUCUCAAUAUAUUUAAUAUAUAUUGAGGUUUUUUUUUAAAAUAUUUUUGUGCGAUUGUAGUUGUUGAAGAGAGAGUGCACUCAGUCCAUAUGCAUUUGGAUUAGAAGUGGCAUAUGCUUCUUCGAUCACUUUGUAAAACCAUCGAGUAAUUUUAAUGUAAUUAAUUACUUUACCAAUUAUUCAAAAGUAUAUUAUUAUUCCCC